AAUUGCCAAGUGAAAUCGAUUGUGCGCAGCACACAAAAUGAGUCUAGUCCGUGGCCCGAGGUUACAAAAAUCAUUGGAAAAUAUGUGGAAGAGAAUGUAGUCGAACCGGAUGCUGCUGAUUUGGAGCGAACUAUCGCUCCGGCUUCGCUCUCUGAUGUCGUUUUUGUAUUGGUUGCCCCGAACGUUUCCGUUGGAGACUUCUCUGUCAGAGAUCGUUUCUAUGAUUCCGUAUUCAAAUGGCUCCGGGAAAUUGGUCAUCCUUCUUCUACCAUUCUCAAAAUCAAAAUAGAUGAGAACUACUCGACUGCUGUGGGUGAGAUGGUACUAACAGCGGUAAAUAUGAUCUCUCGAUUGGUAAGAUCAAGAUUUUCUUUGCUGAUGUUGUUUAAAUCGGAGGAUGUUGUUUAG